AAAGCACAAAUCACAGAAUAAUGGUUCACUUUUGGAAAAGACGAACUUCUUCUCGGAUGAGCGACAAAAUGCCGUUCGGCCGUUCAUCAAACGGCAGUUUGGUGAAGCCGCUCAACGUGCUAGUGAGUCCAGGGAUGUACCUCUUCUCCAAGUACAGCGAGUACAAGCGCCAGCAGCAGGAGCAGCAGAAGAGAAAGAUCACCGAGAAGGAACUUGAGAACCUCAACGAGAAGAUCGACAAACUGCUAUCGAAGAUAGACGAGGGAGAGGGAGACGGAACGCUGGUGGAAGAGGAAGAGGUAACCAAAUUAAAUACGCCAUGCGUGUCUUGCGUCAUAUGUCUUGUUGCCAAGGCAACGAUGCAGACGUUCCCCUGCAGGCACAAAGUCGUCUGCCGGAAGUGCUUCAUCAAGACUAUCCAGGUGGCGGUGUCACAACGAAGUCUCCCCCUGCGUUGUGUCGUCUGCAGAAGUCGCAUCCUCAAGUUACGGCAGACUGCCAUUCCCACGCUGCCGAGUCCCUUAUCGCCGAAUGGUCCAAUGAAAUUCCUGCCGAAAUCUCCCAGCAUUCGUCUGUUCUCGAAAUAACCCAAUGCAACUGGAGACUUUAUUGUGUAACAUUGUGAUAUUGGAAUCUUUUUUUGGAUAAACCGUCAUACCUACACAAGCGGCCACCUGUAUUAAAACAGCUUCAGAUUUUAAGAGAUCGCUCUCCAAAUAAUCUAAUAUAGUACAAGUCUAUUACUAUCGAACAGCCUACUGUGUUAAAGAGCCCCUGUGUAUACUUACUUUGGGAGCAGCUUAAUAUAGGUUUUACUACGCCAAUCGUCUGAAACAUCUAGGACAUAGCUUUCUUCUCGUUUGUUGUCUUUGGGAUAUAAGUAUUAAACAUUCAGCGGGCUUAUUAAGUUAGUGACAGUAUAAAACAUUUUAUUGACCAUCUUGAUCAACCUCGAAUAUGCUGAUUAUAUGCUUGGCGGUGCAUCCAGUUGCAAUAUAAAACAUUAGGAAAGUGUUUCAGAAAUAAAAGGACACGGAUACUAGAUCUAAGCCCGUGUUUAUAAACCUUUAAAACUCCAGACACAAUCUGUAUAGGCUAAACUUUAUUAACCCUUUGUUUGUUGCCAGCAGGAAAUGCUGCCCACUCGUACGAGGGACAGUCAACACGUUCGUAGAGCUAGAUACCAAACUUUGGUACACCAUCGUAUGUUUGAUGUGGGAUUUUUUCUGAACGCUUAUUCUUUCAUACAGCUGUCCUAUCAAUAACGCGAUUGUUCUUGUUUAUAUAUUUACAUAUUAUUGCAUAGCAAUAACCUACCCUCCUGGAACCAUGAAUUUUACCUGAUUGGAACAAAGAGCCGUCAUCACGUUUAUCAUCAAGGCAGGUGAAAAUGCUACUGAAAUUCACAAGCGUAUGGUUGGCGAUUAUAGUCUGGCAUUUGAACGCUUUCUUUCGUGCCGUGCAAACCUGUUUGAAGAUGUUGGUAAGUCUGAAGUCUCCUAAAAUGAUGCUGGCAUCUUUGAAGAAUAAUUGGACCAAAUGCAUCAAGGAUGGUUCAAUUGAAAAGUAAUACAGAAACAUUUGGUCUGUUAUCGUUUUAGUACCUAGUUCUACGAACUUUUUAACUGCCCCUCGUACGUUUUCCUAACACACUCCUGGUAGGAUUUGCUGUCAAGUGGACGUUCCUUUCUUAGAGUCCAAAUACUAAUCAAUUCCCCCCUUAUCAUACUAAUAAUUAAACUCAUAUCUUACUAGAAGAAAGUGAUAGGGGAGGUACCUCUUUUACGGCAGCAAGCAAAGCGUUAAAAGCCUCGAGUCUCGGCUUUAGGUUUGAUAAACACCGAGCCAGGUCUACCUCUGUGAUGUUAAAUGCAGCGUUGUAGCUGUUCGUGGUCCCUUGUCCUGAACUUUACUGAUAUAUUAUCCAACUGAUAUGUCUAGCUUUUGUACGCAUGGGCAACAUACGAAAGAAAAUUGGCUUGUGUAACUUGGUUUCUGAUGAUGGAAAACAUCCGAUAUUUAGAUGUUGUUAAGAUUGUUUUAAACCUGUAUCUAGAAACAAAUAUCAAGGCUUGCUUCACUCAAUUCCAAUGUCACCAUAUCUCUGCAGUAAGGACAUAUACAUUUACACGUUAAAUAUGGUAAGCGUUAUAUCAUUAUUCAGACAGAUGUUUGGGGGACUGAACGAAAAUAGUGUGGUGUUCAAGACCGCAUCGCUGUUGGCGAGUACAAAACACUACUGGAUAAAGCCGUGUCAUGAUGUUAACGUGAAGAACUUUGAAAACAGUGAUUAUCAUAGCAAAUUUACUGUGAAACAUUUCUGUACACCAUCUGAUGCUCUCACAUAAUGUGAUAUCAAUGUAUACCAC